UCUGUGGACCUCAUGACUCAACAUUCUGGGUUUUAAUUCUCAGGAGAUACUUCUCUGAAGUAUUUGUUUAUUUAGUGCCUGUAGAUUUCUAUAGUUGAGUGGCAGGACAAUUUACCAUAUGUUUGAUCAUAUUUGUAACAUGUUUUAAGAGACAGAUGAAAUACAUUUUCAGAAGAAAGCAAAUCUUUGCUCAACAUGACCUUGGAAACUCUACGUGUUAAAGCUCCCCAAGAGAGGGUGUCCCCCGGAAAAUAUACUGCUGGUUCUCUCAAGCUCCUUUUUGCUUCACUGCUGGUACUUUUCCUGUUGAAGGUGGUUUUAUCAUCUGUCACUUGUAUUGUUUUUUCCAAAAAUAUUCUCAGCAUGAAGAAAAAUGUGACUGUAAAAGAACUGGUUCACACAGAAUUGGAGUGUGUAAAGAACAAUCAUACUACUGAAGGCUACUGGAGUCCUACUCAGAACGCAGAUGAAUUCAUCGCACAGAAUGUGAAAAAAGGCUGUGCUUAUUAUGUGGGGUUGUCAGAUCCAGAGGGUCAGAGACAUUGGCAAUGGGUUGAUCAGACACCAUAUGAUGCAAAUGUCACAUUCUGGCACCCAAAGGAGCCCAAUAAUAAACAUGAACGCUGCGUCACGAUAGAUUAUCGUCAGCAGUGGGGUUGGAAUGAUUUCCUUUGUGAUGGAGCUGAGAGGUCAGUUUGUGAGAUGAUGAAGAUCUACCUGUGAACCACACAUUGUCGUGGCACAAGUGGUUGGACUGACAUCCGUCAUGAGAUGUAGUUGCAAGAUCUUGAUGUGAAGGGGUAGUUUUAGAAUUUCAUGUAUGUGAGUCACUAUUCCUACUUUGAGAAAAGUGGUUUCCACAUUUAUCUGCUCAUUCUUUCCAUUGCUCAGCAUGAAACGAGCACUUGCUGAGUGUUUUCCACAUGGCCUACACUGGAGACCCCUUUUGUGUGUACAUAGAAACCAUGUGAGCCCCUUUCCUAAUUUCUGUCUGAAUGAUGAAGUUUAUUUACUAAUGCAAUUAAGUGAUGCAGUUCCUCAUGUUUUUCUGUUUUCUCCCCUUUGUCUUUAU